AUGUCGAUUGCCGCAUCACAAGGCGGGCUUGAGUUCUCGGGAGAUGAGGGUUUGGCUGUGUUGCCUCCCUCGGGAUUGCCAAGAUAUUUGUUGGUUGCCUUGGGGAUUAUUUUGAUUGUGGGUCUUUCUCUGGCACUCAUUCUAACACUCACUCUAAAACCCACUGUAACACCAACCUUAACAGCCACUGUACCCUCCUCUGAGAAGUGUUACACUAAAGCAGUAGUUGCUGCAGAUGCCGGGACUUGCUCUGAGAUCGGGAGGGACAUCUUGAAGACACAUAACGGUUCAGUAGUUGAUGCUGCUAUCGCCACUCUGCUGUGUUUGAGUCUGGUUAAUGCUCAAAGUAUGGGAAUCGGAGGAGGGGUGGUUUUCACCAUUUAUAAUGCAUCAACAGGAACGGUGGAGACGAUUAAUGCCAGAGAAACUGCUCCAAACAAUGCAUCAGAGAACAUGUUUGGCAAUGGGACAGAGAUAAAACCAGCAGGAUUGUUUAUAGCUGUACCAGGAGAACUGCAUGGUUAUAAGCUAGCACAUGAAAGGUAUGGGAGACUGAAUUGGAGCGAGCUGUUUCAGCCCAGUAUAAAGCUGGCACGCAAUGGAUUUAAGAUUGGAAAGGCCUUGGCCAAAGCCAUUAAAAAGAAUGAGAAAGAUAUCCUGAAUAGUACAUCAUUGUGUGAAGUGUUUUGCAAAUCAAAAACCAUCAUCUUGAAGGAAAAUGAUUACAUAUCAUUUCCCAAACUAGCUUACACCUAUGAGAAGAUAGCAAACUACGGAAUUAGUGCCUUUUACAAUGGGUCAUUGACUCCGAGUAUAGUGGAUGAAAUCAAGGCUGCAGGAGGGAUUAUAACACGUGAGGACUUAAUGAAUUACAAGCCAGUGCUAAAUGAGCAUGCAUUAAACUUCACUGUGGGGAAUUACAUGUUUCAUGCUCCUGAUGCUCCAUUCGGUGGACCUGUGCUCGCUCUGAUACUCAACAUACUCAAAGGUUACAACUUGUCAAGCAGCAGUGUGUCCCCUGUAAGGAAUAAGACUUUGACCUAUCAUCGUAUAAUAGAGGCGUUUCGCUUUGCUGAUGAGAAAAAAAGUAAGCUAGGAGACCCAAGAGAUGAAAGCAUUAAAGAGAGUGUUUUACAGCUUGUCAAAAACAUGACCUCAGAAAGCAUUGCGAACGGAAUCAGGAUUAAGAUUAAAGAUGACAUUAAACAAGUGAUAUACGAUGACAAUGAAGAGAAUUAUCCAGAUGACGAUCGUGGCACGUCUCACCUGGCCAUCAUAGGAGAAGAUGGGAGUGCUGUGGCCGUCACCAGCAGUAUCAAUGACUAUUUUGGCUCUAAGGUGAGGUCAGACUCAACAGGUAUUAUCUUUAAUGACCAAAUGAAUGAUUUCUGUAAACCCAAGCAAAAUGAAAAUGCAUGUAACAAGAACAACCGAAUUACACCAGGUAAAAGGCCACUUUCAUCAAUGUGUCCCACAAUCAUUUUGGACAAACACAGUGGACAGGUCAAAAUGGUGGUCGGAGGUGAAGGUGGGACAAAUAUCACCACAUCAGUUGCUCAGGUGAUCCUGAAUUAUCUGUUCUUUGGCUAUGACCUGCAGAAAGCUGUUGAAGAGCCCAGAGUUCAGAUUACGGAAACUGCAACAAAUGUAGAAGACCGCUUUGAUGUGAGGGUCACUGAUGGCUUGAGGCUGAAGAAUCAUACUAUAUUUCAUGAAGCUGAAGUAUCAGUGGUCCAGGCAGUGGUUCAAGAGGGGGACAAAAUCUGUGCUGAAUCUGACUACAGGAAAGGUGGCUAUCCUGCCGGAUACCAAGAACCAAUACUGUAAAAUUUAGUAGAGAUGCUAGGGAUGUGUCCCUAUCAAUAUCCAACAACUAUCCAAUUGUCCUAGUGGCUAGAAAACACACUGUGCUAUAAGGCUUGAAAAAGAUAAGGAAGCGUGCAUAAACUUAACAGGGAAUACAAUAUGUAAAAGUUAUAGAAGACCAAAAGAAAAAAGACAGCUGAGAUAACAUACAUAUAAAUCACAUACAAAGACAUUUUUGGACAACUAUUUACAAAAGGACAUUAGUGGAUAUAAUGACAAAAUACUUUGAUCUAUGUAAUGUAUUGUUUGUUUGAACCAAAUAAAACUGCAGUGACUUA